AUGUUUCUCCCUAAUCUUACAUGGUCAGAUACAAAAUAUAAAAAUGAUUAUCCUAUAUAUAAGGAUGUUGUUGAUGGGAAUGAUUCCGAAAUAAAAUUCCCUGACAUAUCUAUAGAUUCUGAAGAUGAUGUCAAUUCAUUAUUCUUAGUAUUAGGUUGA